AUGAAAAAAGCACAAUAUUUCAUCUUGCCGUCAUUCAAUCCAUUUAUAUUUUAUCAUUAUUUCCUAACAGCAUUACUAUUCGCAUGGCGCUUGCUUCUUUCAAAUGGAGAAGAUGAAAGAGAUGAAAUAUCGCUGGGCCUGAAUCGGCAUGAUAACAGUUCAUCGAUAAAAAAUAUUGAUGGUAUAAGCGCUAGUGCAACAUCACUUGCUACUACUGCCAUGGAACCAUCAUCAAUAGAAUCGCUUAAGGCACUGCUAUCGACGGAUAGCAUCUCGGACGAUCGACUUCCUCUUACUGCUACAACUGGAAAUCAGCAACACUUUUUAACAGAAUCAUCAUUCGUUCCGCAAUGUUCCUCCAUUCAGCCACAUAUUGAAUAUAGUAAUAAUACCUACCAUAACAUGGAACGCUAUCUUCUUGCUAUACCGGAACUUGAAGAAGAGAACGACGAAUUGUGCGGUAGUCAGUGGAGUAGUUCACCAUCAUCAGCUUCAACUGCUAUACCUAAUACUUUGUUUGGCUCAGGAACUGGUAUCCGACCAGCAUCAUCAAAUUUUGACCAGUCUAUUUCACUUGGUACUAUUGCUACUGAUCAUACUCCAGAUCUGAUUAACUGCGACCAGCCUUCAAAUUCAUAUUUGGUUAAUCUCAAUCAAAAUCCCAAUUCUAAACUCUUCUCUUCGGAUCAGCUCAUUUUGACUGAUUCAUCAUCACAUCCAACAAUUUUACAUCAACCAAUAUCUAAGACUGUGUUAACGGUACCACAUCCUACAAUACCACCGCCACCCCCACCAUUUUCAUCGCUAAAAUUAUUACCAUCACCACUACCGCAGUCAAAAGAAAUUUGGAAUAAAACUUCACCUUCACUACCAUUAUUAUCAGCAGAAACAAAAGUAGUCACAACAAUCACAACUGGACAUCUGACAUUUGACAUUCCAGAUUUACCGGCGAUCGAUUCCGAAGAUAUCGACAACAAUAGUUAUAUAAAUAUCGAAAAUUUGCAUAAUACGUCACCAAAUACUGCCAUUAUUGGCCAUAAUCUCAAUAACAGUGCUGAAAAGUGCUCCACGAAUAAAUUGAUCAAUUUCACCGAGGAGUAUAAUAUGAAACGAACUACUGAUAUUAUCUUUCCAAAUAUCUGUACUCCUACUUCACCAUCGGUAGAUCAUUCAAACUCUCGGGAUCGUGACCAAAGUGAGAUAGUUAGUAAUGGAUUAUUGGAUACUAUAUCGAAUGAAGAAACAUGCUCAUUGAAUUCAACUUCCAUAUCUAUCGAUCAUUCACGUGAUUCAAUACUUGAUUUCUCGAUCUGUUCCAAUCCGAUCGAUGAAGCUGCAAUCAUGGAAGAACAACUUGCUGCAACUGGAGAAUUGAAUGAUGAUGUCCCGCCGAUUAUUACUACAUUGUCAUCUCGUACAUCCAAGGACACUGGACAUUCGUUAACGAACCGAACAAUAUUUUCCAGUGCCACUGCAGUUGCCUCGACAACCGACAACAAUUGUCAACCGGUGUCACCAGCCUUAUCCUCUCUUGCUAUGGCCUCCCGUCUACCUCCUUUAUUUAAUGCACCACCCAUUGCUAGUCUUGAAGAUUUAACUAACGGUGAACAAAAUAGCGAUAUCACAUCUGCAAGAAGUAACGUUGCAACAGCAUCAGCAAUAACUUUUAGCCUUAACGGAAUUGGAAGGAGUGACCUCAAAGAAGGGAGAAAAACAGGUCGAGGACGUAUUGGGCAAGAAGAUGGUAAUGGUAAGGGUGGUGACAAUGACGGUGACAACGACAACGAUAACGACGUUAGUGGUAGAAGCGAUUAUUAUCGGCAAACAUCAGCAGCAUCAACGACAAUAAAACGCUAUAUCACACGCUCAGGCUGGUUCUUUUAA